CUGACAACACUGCGCGCGAAGCAAACACGGCGAGGAUAAAACAAGAUGGCGUCUGACGGUGAAGACGUUAUUGCAGUCGUCAUAGUUCAAUGUUCUUAGUCUGUGCCUCCAUGUACACAUAUAUGUCCUUUAUUACACUCUAGGAAAUAGAGUAAACGUCGUUAAUAACUGUUUGCAGGCGGUUAUAUUAGUCUGAGCGCACUUUGAUGCUUCUCGAGCUAGCUUAGCUUGCUAGUUAGCUUAGCUUGUUAGCUGCUAACAAAGAGAGGCGGAAGUGAUCAAAACACAUCACUAAGUAGAGAUCAAGUGUGAGUGUAAAGUGUUGUGAUUGUGUGAAAAUGUGCCAAAGAACCAUAGAAGAGUACGAGGAGGAACUUUGUCCAACAAAAGAGGAGAAGGAGCGACAACAUGAAAAACAUCAAGUUGUGUUACACAGAACAGACAUCCAUCAGCUGAUUGAACACCAAGAAGAAUGUCUCCCUCAUCUGCAGGGGGACAGUUUCACUUCAGAGUAUCCACAGCCCUCACAUUUUAAAGGGGACAAGGAGGAUCCACAGCCCCCCUAUUUUAAAGAGGAAGAGGAGGGAGAGUGUCCUGUAGGGCAGGAGGAGGAUGAUGUCAGCAAGUUUCCACUGACUGUUGUCUCUGUGAAGACUGAAGAGCAUGAAGACAAACCACCUGAGUCCUCACAGCUUCAUCACAGUCCAAACGUUGAAAAAGAACCUCUACCCCAUGAGGAGGAGGAACCACAGUCCCCCCACAUACACGAGGAAGAAAAGGUACCACAUUCCCAACACAUUAAAGAGGGAAGAGAGGAGAAACAGCCCCGCCACAUUAAAGAGGAAGACAAGACGCCACAGACCCAUCGUGUUAAACUGACCCUUCACAUUAAAGGGCAAACGGAGGACCCACUGACCCCUCACUUUAAGGAGGAAGAGGUGGACUCACUGACCCUUUACUUUAAGGAGGAAAAGGAGGAGCAAGAGGUGGUGCACAUUAAAGAGGAAGAGGGCAUCAGUCAGCCUAAAUGGUUGGAGGAGUUCCCAGUGAGUGUGAAGAGUGAAGAUGAUGAAAGUGAGGAGAGGGGAGGGGGGGAGCCUCCAAGCAGCAGCUCAACACAACACAUGACAACAGAAGCUGAUGGAGACCACUGUGGAGGAUCACAAGCAGACAAGCUCUUAGCUCCACUAUCAGAUAGUGAGGACACAACCUCACACUCUCCUCACACUGAUGAUGAAGACUCUAAAGAUGAUGCAACAUGUCACACUGACAACACUCACUUCACAUGUUCUACCUGUCACAAAACUUUUAAAUACUGUCGUUAUCUGAAAAGACACAUGAAAACACACACUGGAGAAAAACCUUUUAUCUGUUCAACCUGUGGUAAAGGUUUUACACAAAGUCACUAUUUGAAAGGACACAUGAGAACACACACUGGAGAAAAAACUUUUUCCUGUUCGACCUGUGGUAAAGGUUUUACACAAAGUCACUAUUUGAAAGUACACAUGAGAACACACACUGGUGAAAAACUUUUUUUCUGUUCAACCUGUGGUAAAGGUUUUACAAGAAGUGAAGAUGUGAAAAGACAUGAGAGAACACACACUGGUGAAAAAAAGUUUUCCUGUUCAACCUGUGGUAAAGGUUUUACACAAAGUCAUUGUUUGAAAGCACACAUGAGAACACACACUGGUGAAAAAUCUUUUUCUUGCUCAGAAUGUGGUAAAGAUUUUUUUCAAAGUAAACAUUUAAAAGAACACAUGAGAACACACACGGGUGAAAAACCUUUUGUCUGUUCAACCUGUGGUAAAGGUUUUACACAAAGUCACACUUUAAAAGAACACAAGAGAACACACACUGGUGAAAAACCUUUUUCCUGUUCAACCUGUGGUAAAGGUUUUACAAGAAGUACAUAUGUGAAAGUACACAUGAAAAAUCACAUUCCUGUUCAAUCUGCAACAGAAGCUUUUGUGAGCGAUCAAACACAUGAGAAGACACCCAGGAGAGAAAGUGUUGAGUUGCAGUGUGUGUGGUGAAAGAUUGUCUUCUAAGUACCAGUGUAAGAAACACAAGUGUGCUGGUGAGAACAGCAGCAGCAAAUGAAACUGCAGGAUUUGAAAUACAUGCCCCUUUGUUUGGUCACAGUAAGUUUUUUGUUUUUGUUGAUCAUAACCAUGCCAUCGCGUUGUUUUAGUUUAUAGUUCAUUAUUAUUCAUGCCACCGAGCAAGUGUUUUUGUUUCAUGUUUGUAUUUUGUAGCCUAGUAUUCGUACCUCUUUGUGAGCGCCCUUUGUUUUUGUUUUUUUUAUUAUAGUAUAUCAUUAAAUUAAUCAUGUACUCACAUUCCACGUUCCAAAUUCCCUCUGCAUCAAAGAAGCAAAAUCAAUCCAAGUCAAAGUCCUGACACAUACAGUAAACAUGUAUUUAUUAUUCUCUAAAUAAGGCACACUUGGAAAUAAUGAAUAUUCUUUGUGUGCAAUUGCAGCAGAAGUCCACAGGAGGGCGCACGUUCCCUCUUCAUAAGUCCGCCCCCCCUCCCCCACUUUCCUAUUUUUUUAACAUCAGUUAUAUGUCUAUCAUUAUAUAUAUUAUAUUGUUUUACAGCCCAGCCCUAUGAUCUUUCUUCAAAUUACUGUGUUUUUUAAUUGACUUCGAUUUGAUGUCUUUUGCAAUAUAUAUUGACAUCGUUGACAUCAUGUCCACUAAAGACGCUGAGAUCAUUAUCCAU